UGUUUCACCUCUCAGCGAUGGGUCCUCCUGGAGGAUGGACGUUCUGGACCCUGUGUGUGUGGUUCACUGCUCGGGGGACUGCGGCGCUCAGCGUGUCGGUGCCCGAGUCCGGCCUGGAGGUGGUCCAGGGGGAUUUUGUGGUCCUGCCCUGCUCCUUCUACACCUCCACACGUCUCUCCAGACUCAACGUGAUCUGGACCCUGGCCCCUUUCUCCAAUCCCGAAACCCCCAUUCAGGUGAUUGUGUACGACCAUGGACAGGUGAUCGAGGACCCCUCCCUCACCGGCAGGGUGGGCUUUACAGGAAUUCCCGCUCGUGCCGACAUCAUCCUGAAUGACACCCGGGUGUCGGACGCCGGGAUCUACCGCUGCAUGGUCAACAACCCGCCAGAGCCGGCGGAGCCGGGCAUCGGAGAGCUGGCCCUGAGCGUGCUGGCGCCGCCCUCGCUGCCCGUGUGCCAGUGGGACGGAGACGUCGACGUCGGCGGGAGCGUCAGGCUGUCCUGCUCGGUGGCGGAGGGCGUCCCCGCUCCGGAGAUCCGCUGGGACAAACUGAACCCCGAGGAGAUCUCGCUUCCCACCGAGAUCGAAGAGGACCUCUCAGGCUCCGUCCAGAUCGUCAACGUGUCGUCUCAGACGUCCGGCCUGUACCGCUGCUCUGCCGCCAACGACCUGGGAACGGAGAACUGCUACGUCAACCUGUCCGUCUACAGCACCCCGGACGCCCCGUCGGGCGUCCUGCAGGGCGUGCUGCUCACCCUGUCCAUGAGCCUGGUGCUGCUCGCCCUGCUGGCACUCGUGCUGUGGCUCCACCGCACGGGGCAGGACGGCAGGCGGAGGGAGGGGAAGGCGGCGGCGGCGGAGGAGGACGACGAGUGUUACAACGAGAUCCGGGACUCCCCGUCGCUGAUGAAGCGCUCCUUUGUUUGA